GCUACGCCGGCCGGCCUCGCCGGGCCAUGGUGCCAGAGGAGAGAGCCGAGGCCCCGGGCCUGCUGCAGAGCUUCGAGCGCCGCUUCCUGGCUGCGCGCGCACUGCGCUCCUUCCCCUGGCAGAGCCUAGAAGAGAAGUUAAGGGAUUCGUCAGAUUCUCAGCUGCUACUGGAUAUUUUGCAGAAGACUGUGAAGCACCCCCUGUGUGUGAAGCACCCCCCGUCAGCCAAGUUUGUGCGCUACUUUCUCUCGGAGCUCAUCAAGAAGCACGAGGCUGUUCACUCGGAGCCCUUGGACGAGCUGUACGAGGCUUUGGCAGAGGUCUUGACUGCUGAGGAGUCCACCCAGUGCCACCGGAGCUAUUUGCUGCCUUCCGGAGAUGCGGUCACCCUCUCCGAGAGCACAGCCAUUGUGUCACACGGCACCACAGGCCUGAUUACCUGGGAUGCCGCCCUCUACCUUGCAGAGUGGGCCAUGGAGAACCCGGCAGCCUUCAUUGACAGGACUGUCCUGGAGCUCGGCAGCGGAGCCGGCCUCACAGGCCUGGCCAUUUGCAAGACAUGCCGUCCCAAAGGAUAUGUCUUCAGCGACUAUCACGGCCGGGUCCUGGAGCAGCUCCGAGAGAACAUCUUUCUAAAUGGCCUGUCUGUAGAGCCAGGUGUCACACCCCUUUUGCAGCACCCAGGGUGUGGCAUCCCAGACUUGGAGAAGCCUGCUGUGACUGUGGCCCACCUGGACUGGGACCUUGUGACAGUCCCACAGCUCUCUGCCUUCCAGCCAGACAUUGUCAUUGCAGCAGAUGUGCUGUACUGCCCACAGACCAUCCUCUCCCUGGUCAGGGUGCUGCAGAUGCUCUCGGCGUGCCGGAAGGACCGGCCAGCUCUGGAUGCCUACGUUGCCUUCACCAUACGGAACCCGGAGACGUGCAGACUAUUCACAGCCGAGCUAGGCCAGGUUGGGAUCCGAUGGGAAGCAGUGCCUCAUCACAACCAGAAACUAUUUCCUUACGAAAAGCCCUCAGAGAUGGGAAUGCUGAAACUAAUGCUGUAGGUCUCCCAGCAGUUCUGAAGAUUAAAUCAUGACUGGAAAAACCAUCGUGGAAAAGCUGAUAAACCUUUCACUGGAUGCAAAUUUUUGAAGAGUGUUAAAUUCCAAUUCAGGAACCACAAAGUGUUGUAAUUAAAUACAGUGUUGGCCCAAGUGUGGUGGUGCCCUUCCUGCCAGCAGCUCUGAUUGUUUACAAAUCACCAUAAAUUAGAAAUGAGAACUUUGGCUCAAAGAUGAGUAUUUCAGUUGUGGAAAUAAAAACGUCAAAUAAGUUUGUCCCCA